CAUUCUAUUCUACUUGAAUCUUAUCUGAUAAGUCAAAGGAAUCAGUAGCCUUGGCCCUGGGUGUUCCCUUACCUCUUCUCUCUUUCUUCUGAGAACUAAAGAAUUCUACCCUCUUGUCGAAGUAUGAGAUCGAAACGAAAUACACACUCUAAGGAGGCUGUUGCAGAUAAACACUGGUUAGUCUGCAGUGAGGCCACACAGCAGCAUAUAUACUUUCAUUGGAUGCUGCUAACAAGAUGAUGCGAACCGAAGCAAAGGAGACGAGGAGCGCAGCGCGAUCGUCCUCGUCGCUGUGGAAGAGAGGCUAUGUUGGGUACGGCCUAAUUCUUGGCUUCGUGCUGGUGUUGCUCUACUUGAUGGUCUCUGCGCAGUUCAACUACAGCCCGCAUGCCGCAGCUUAUGCUAACCCAACAACAAUCAAAGCAGCUGACACAGUUCCUGCAAAGCGCCAAAGAAGCCGUCAUGAACAAGAUGCUGCGAGCAGGGGAAUGGAGGAACUCGGCAGGAAAGAGGUGGUGGAGGGGCACACGGAAAAAUCAACUGCCCGCCUCCAAGAGGAACAAGAUAAAGGUGAGCAGGAAUGGGCAGACAAAAAUCCAAUCGAGGAACGAUCAGGCAACGAAAGGAACUCUGACAAUUGGGAGGAGAAGCACAAAGCCAAGGAAAAGGACACUGUUGAGUUCACUGAAUUCGGGGGAGGGACAGAUGACUUUAACAAUGUCGCGCACACCAAGCCAAUCUGCGACACGUCGUUCGGCAAGUAUGACAUCUGCGAGCUGGACGGCGACGCGCGGGCACGCGGAGGCGCCGCAGCAACGGUCACCCUCGUCUCCCCGCGCGCGCCGCUGCGGGAGUGGACGAUAAAGCCCUACUCGCGCAAGUACCUGGACGGCCUGAAGGCGGUCAAGGUGAAGUCCGUUCCCAGCCCCGAGUACGCACCGCAGUGCACGACCCGGCUCAACGUCCCCGCGAUGGUGAUCGAGCUCGGCGGGUUCACCGGCAACUACUGGCACGACUUCACCGACGUCCUCGUCCCGCUGUUCAUCGGCGCGCGACGGUUCAACGGGGAGGUCCAGCUCCUCGUCGUCAACCUGCUGCCCUUCUGGGUCGACAAGUACAGGAAGAUCUUCAACCAGAUCUCGCGCCACGAGAUCGUCGAAUUUGACAAGGACGACGACGGCGCCAUUCGGUGCUAUCCCCACGUCGUCAUCGGCUACGGCAGCCGGAAAGAGUUCACCAUCGAUCCCUCUCUGGACUCCACCGGCGGGGGCUACACCAUGGUGGACUUCACCAAGUUCUUGAGACAAGCCUACUCCCUGCCGCGCGACCGGCCAAUCAAGCUCAGCAAGAGUCCUGCCGAUCGGCGGCCGCGGAUGAUGAUCCUCGAGCGGACCAACAGCCGGAAGUUCAUGAACCUCCAUGAGGUCAUCGCCGCUGCGGAGGCCGCCGGAUUCGAGGUGACCAUCGCCGGCCGUCCGAGGGCCAGCUACGACGAGUUCGCGCGGGAGGUGAAUUCCUUCGACGUGAUGCUGGGCGUCCACGGCGCCGGGCUGACCAACUGCGUGUUCCUCCCUACGGGUGCGGUGCUCGUGCAGAUCGUGCCGUACGGCCGGCUGGAGGAGAUCGCCCGGACCGACUUCGGCGACCCCGCCCGCGACAUGGGGCUCCGGUACAUCGAGUACGGCAUCGCCGCCGAGGAGAGCUCGCUGAUGGACGUGUUCGGGAAGGACCACCCGAUGAUCAAGGACCCCGUCGCCGUGCACAUGAGCGGGUGGGGGAACGUGGCCGAGUGGUACCUGGGAAAGCAGGAUGUACACAUCAACAUGGAGAGGUUCAAACCUGUCCUGAAACAGGCAAUGGAACAUUUGCGGUAGACAGUUUGAUUUAUUUUUGGAUAAAAGAAGUUUUAUUGGCUCUAA